CUCAUUUAGUCUGCAAUCAACCAUUAACAUAUUCUCUGGAGAAUUUCAUAAAGUGUACAUGUACGCAUCAAGAUGACAGUCCAAUCAAUGUCUGAAAAUCUGUAUGAAAUAUCUGACAUUUUUGACUAUUCUGAUUACAAUGAAAGUUUUGAAGAUGACAUCUGUAUCAAGACCAAUGUUAUCCAGUUUGGGAAAGCCGUCACCCCAGUCAUUUUCCUCAUUGUCGUUCUGUUCAGCUGUGUGGGAAACACAUUGGUUUUGUGGGUCCUUGUGAAGUUUGAAAAUCUGAAAUCCCUCACCAACACAUUUCUGUUAAAUCUGGCUCUCUCUGAUCUGAUUUUCACCUUUGGCCUGCCCUUCUGGGCCUACUAUUACAUGUAUGGCUGGACCCUUGGAGAUCCUGCUUGCAAAGCAGUUAACUUUGUGUUCUACACGGGAUAUUACAGCAGCAUCAUCUUCCUGACGGUUCUGACAGUCCACCGCUACAUGGCCGUGGUUCAUCCCAUGUCGGUGGUCAUGUCUAGGAAGAGCCUGCACUGCUACGCGACAUCAAUUGCCAUCUGGAUCAUCAGUCUCUGUGCUGCCAUCCCACAAGCCAGGUUCAACACGGUUGUAUCCGACCAAUUUGAUGCAUUCAUGGAGAGCCAAAACAACGGCACCAAUGUAUUCCUGCUCUGUGCUUUUGAUGAUAAAAUUAAUUGGAAACUCAUGAAUACAUACAUGCAAAAUUAUUUUUUCAUUAUCGCUUUUGUGAUCAUUGCUUUUUGCUACACUGUGAUCUUGGGACGGCUGCUUCGACCAACAUCUCACACUCGUAGAAAGACAGUGCAGCUCAUCCUCUUCAUAGUGGUGUUUUUUUUCUUGGGAUGGGGGCCAUACAACAUGGCCAUAUUUCUGGACUCUCUGAUUGCAUGGGAAAUCUCUCCUUUUAGUGAUUGUAAGCUGAGUAAAUCUAUAGACUAUUGGAUGUACAUCUCUCAGAUGGUGGCUUUCUCACACUGCUGCCUGAAUCCUGUGUUUUAUGUUUUUAUGGGGAUAAAAUUCAGAAACCACUUGAAGAAAAUUUUACGGACUUUCUGUAAGAACAACACAGAGCCUCAGAAUCGACACAGCAGGCUUAUUUACUCCAAUGGUGAAGAAAUAUCUAUGUAUUAG